UCGCGCGGAGUUGACUCCGUUCACCUCCGACGGAGACGCUUUCCUGGAGUUCUCGGGCUUCUCAGACUGCGGACCAAGUCCAAUCUCGCCCGGAGGAAGCUGCGGCGGUUCGGUGGGCCUUCGUGGUGGAGGAAGGAAGAAAACGGAGCUACACUCACACGUUUUUGUGUCCACUAUUCAUAAUUUACUCAAGUUUCAAAGUAAAAGCAACGUUGUGUUGUUAUGUAGCGGCAGCUAACGAGGUGUUUUAACACGCCGUGUCUAAAGACAGUGACAUGCUCGGGAAUACGAUCGUUUUCCUUAACUAACGUUACUUGUGCGAAUUGAAAGGAGUGUUUCACUGAGCCGAAAGGAACCCGGACCUUGUUUCCCUGAGAAGUUUUUUAUUUUCCCUUUCGGCUUCUCAUUCGGUGCGGAUAUGGCCCGGAUAAGAUGGGGCCUCUUAUUUUCGAUCGGCUUCUUUCUCUCCCCGCUGCGCGUGUCCCCGGAGCCGCAGCGGAGGCAGGCCGGCUCCAGGAGGCUGUACGCGCCGCAGCCCGGCCCGGCGGCGGCGGCCGCAGCGGGCGGCGGCGCGCGGCUCAGCUCCAUCUCCACGGGGCGGCCGCACGCGCGCAACGUGGAGCUCACCGCUAACUACGGCGGCCAGGUCCGCACCCGCAGGAUGGGGAACCAGGCGGCCGCAGCCCCGCAGCUCAGGCAGCAGCAGCAGCAGCAGCAGCUCGUCACGCUGUCGGGGGUGAAUGUCUGUGGAGGGCAGUGCUGUCAUGGAUGGAGUGCUGCUCAGGGGUCGCAGAGAUGCACAAAACCCAACUGCAUCCCUAAAUGCCAGAAUGGAGGAAUGUGCCUCAGGCCUCAGCUCUGUGUCUGCAAUCCUGGCUCAAAGGGGACGGCAUGCGAACAGAAGACGGCGGCUAUACACCCCAUUCCGUCCCUGCCGGGUAACGGGCCCACCAACGGGCACGCCGCUGGUAAUCCCAAUGGACACACCAAUGGACACAAUGUGGUACCCCAGCGGCCCAUUCCUCAGCAAGUUCCUGUCAAUGGUUAUAACUCUGCCCCCGCUCCGUCCAACAUGGCCCAGAUGAAACUAAGUGUCAAGUCGCCCCCACAGCUUGUAAGACCACAUUACAUCCAACAGCAUACCCAACAACAGAUCCGGCCGAUACCAAUGCACCCAGGUCUGAGCCGUCAGUAUGUUAUGAAGCCCAAAUACUACCACACACACACCACCAACGCACAAACUCACCUCCAAUCCCAACCCGAGAGGCCGAUCCCCCUGACAGUGGGAAACAACGCUAUCCAUGUGGGCAACCAUACAGGAAGGAUCAAGGUGGUCUUCACACCAACCAUCUGCAAAUUAACCUGCAUAGGAGGCAGAUGUCACAACAACUGCGAGCUGGGAAACACUACCACCAUCAUCAGUGAGAACGGCCACGCUACAGACACCCUGACAGCUCCCAACUUCAGAGUAGUGGUAUGUCACCUGCCGUGUAUGAAUGGUGGGAAGUGCAGCACCAGGGACAAGUGCCAAUGCCCUCCCAACUUCACUGGAAAGUUCUGUCAGAUGUCUGUUCAGAACGGGCACCAGCAGACGUCAGCUGGCUACAACCGAGCUCAUGUCCAUUCCACACAAACACUGCCUCUGACCUACAGCAACGGCCAGAACCCCGGGUUCAGUCCCAGCCUUGUCAACAUCCACAUCAAACAUCCUCCAGAGGCCUCUGUCCAGGUCCACCAGGUGUCCCAGCUUGAUAACUAUCAGAGCAACGGGCACCAGCUGAAAGAUUCCCAGUCCGGCUCCUCUUCAUCCACCAGUUACACCUAUCACAACACGCAGAGCAGCCAGAAGAUCCAACACCACGGCUACAACAUCGUUUACCCCGGCCAGCAUGGCUACCAGGUCCCCCAGUACCAGCCCGUCUCCAAGAACACUCUGGGCCGCUGCUUCCAGGAGACAGCGGGGAGUCAGUGUGGGAAGGCUCUGCCAGGUCUCACUAAGCAGGACCAGUGCUGUGGGACCAUCGGGACUUCCUGGGGUUUCCACAAAUGCCAGAAGUGUCCUAAAGAAGCCUCUAUUCCUCUGAUAGAUUGUCCUCAGGGUUACCGGAGAAUCAACAGCACUCAUUGCCAAGAUUUCGAUGAGUGCCAGCUGCAGGGCGUGUGUCCUAAUGGAAACUGCCUGAACACUGUGGGCAGCUACAGGUGCAUGUGUAAACCAGGCUAUGUCCCUGACCCCACUCUCACCACUUGCAUAACCAACACUGCCAUCCAAGAGGAGAAAGGGGCUUGCUUCCGUUUGGUCAGCUCAGGGAGGCAAUGUUUGCACCCAGUAUCUACCAUGCUGAGCAAACAGCUGUGCUGCUGCAGUGUGGGUAAAGCCUGGGGCCCUCGUUGUGACAAAUGCCCCCCUCCAGGAACAGAUCAUUUCAAAGGCAUUUGUCCGGGUGGAAUGGGCUACACUGUUCUACCAAAUCCACCUGUCAAUAAACCAGUCAUCAAAUACCAGAACCCCAAUGACCCCCUACCCCCUCAACCUCUGCCAACGCCAGAGAGACCAGUGGAGGCCUUUGGGAAACCGGAAGGAAUUAUACCAGUAGCAACAACUGCACCAGAUCAGGAUCUGGUAGGUCCUAUGGUUAGUAACAGACCAGUAGUUGAACCUAUCCAGCCUCAGCUUUCGCCCGGUGUGUCCACUGUCAGGAUUGAGGCAGCCUUCCCAGAAGUUGUUGAGAGGAGCUCUCCUCCUACACCAGUGGAGAUCCUCCCAUCUAAUGCCGGCCAGGACAUUGCUCCCACCCAGUCAGCUGAGGUGGAUGAAUGCCAGAUCAACCCUUAUAUUUGUGGCCAGGGGAUUUGUUACAACACAGCUGAGGGUUACACCUGCCACUGUGAUGAGGGAUACCAGCUGGAUGACACCCAAACCACCUGUGUAGACGUAGAUGAGUGUUUGGGCAGCACGUCUUUGUGCUUUGGCGGUCGCUGCAAGAACACAGAGGGCAGUUUUCUGUGUGAAUGUCGGCUGGGAUUCCUCGUCACUGAGGAGGGAACCAGUUGUUUCGAUAUAGACGAGUGCCAGGAUCAGCGGGUCUGUACCAGAGGCCACUGCCAGAACACUGAAGGCUCCUUCAUCUGUCACUGUGCACCAGGCUUCAGAGUGUCCCGAGCAGGAGACCAUUGUGACGAUGUGGAUGAGUGUUUAGAAGAACCCGGUUCCUGUGAGGCUGUAGGGGAGUGUGUCAACAACAUGGGCUCAUACACCUGCACCUGCCCCCGGGGGUACCGACAGAUCAACGGCACCAGCUGCAGAGAUGUUGAUGAAUGUGUGGAGGAACCAGAGUUCUGUUCGCCUCACGGAGAGUGUCUGAACACAGAGGGAUCAUAUCUGUGUGUGUGUGAAAGUGGAUUCACUGCCAGCCUCGACACACCCUCCUGUGAUGACAUCGAUGAGUGCGGCCUCAAUGAGACACUGUGUGGCCCUGGCGGAUUCUGUGUGAACAGACUGGGUUCCUUCCAAUGUCUCUGUGAGCAGGGCUACCAGGAGUCCCAGGACGGCAAGGACUGUGUGGAGGUGAAUGAGUGUGAGCUGCGGGGCAGUGUGUGUGGAGAGGCCCAGUGUGUAAAUGUCGAGGGUUCCUUCCUCUGCAUGUGCCCCAGCGGCCAGGAAUAUAACGUCAUGAUCGCCAAGUGUGAGCCAGUUCCCACAGUGCCAUCAGUGGAGCGAAAAGAGUGCUACUAUCGUCUGAACGAUGAGAACCUGUGUGAGAGUGUGCUGAUCAGCCAUGUCACCCUGCAGGAGUGCUGCUGCACACUGGGAGCAGGAUGGGGGGACAACUGUGAGGUGCAUCCCUGCCCUGUCAACGGAACAGUCCACUUCAAUGAGAUGUGUCCAUACGGAUCAGGCUUUCUUCCCAAUGGAGACUUGCUGUAUGGAGUACCCACAUCCGACAGCUACAAAGAUGCAGAUGAAUGUACACUGUUUGGUAAGGAGGUGUGCAAAGGGGGCUUCUGUUCCAAUACUGUCGGCAGCUACGAAUGUUACUGCAAGAUGGGACAGGACUACGACGCCGUCAAACUGGAGUGCAGAGACAUCGAUGAAUGUCUGGAUGAGUCUGCGUGUGCUGGCGGACAGUGUUUGAACACAGACGGCUCAUACAUGUGUUUCUGUACACAUCCGAUGUCGUUGGACCCCACCAGUAACAGCUGUGUCUUCAUCCCGGAGGUGGUUGAGGAACAUGAGGCGGAGCAGAUAGACUACCUGGGUAUCUGCUGGCAGGCGGUGACAGAGACCAUGACGUGCACACGGCCUCUGGGUCCCAACAGGAAGACCACAUACACAGAGUGCUGCUGUUUGCAUGGAGAGGCCUGGGGCAUGGACUGUGCCCUCUGCCCACCCAGAAACACCGAGGAUUAUGCGUCCAUGUGUAACGUCGGCGGGCGGCAGGUGUACGGUCGCGAUGCCCUCGUUGCUGGACCUGUCCACGAAUAUGAAGUGAGCCCAGACUAUUCACAAUCCCCCGAGCAGCACGCUGUGCUGCCUUUUUACGACAAUGAGGACGAUCGGCUGAAGGCCUUCGAGGGUUUGCGAGCAGAGGAGUGUGGGAUCCUGAAUGGCUGUGAGAACGGUCGCUGUGUCCGAGUCCAGGAGGGUUACACCUGCGACUGCUUCGAUGGGUACACACUGGACCUGUCCCGCAUGGCCUGCGUUGAUGUGAACGAGUGCUCCGAGCUAAACAAUCGGAUGUCCUUGUGCAGAAAUGCAAAAUGCAUCAACACAAUGGGCUCCUAUCAGUGUGUGUGUCUGCCGGGCUUCACCGCCUCUGCCAGACCCAACUACUGCGUGGCGGCAGCGCCGCACCAAACGUCGACACACAGCGGGAGCGUGGACGGACACUAAGGGGCGACGAGAGACACUAAAGCCACACGCACAAGCUCGUAUUGUCCACCAACAUUCAGCCACUGCAAAAAACAACAACACUAAACCAUGAGAGGAAAGAGGAAGCCCUCUGGUUUGGUUACAGCGUCCAGCGGCACUCAUGAAUCCCAAAACACUCAUCAGGCGACCGUGAGGAUGUUUGGGAUUUGAGGGUUGUAAUUCACAUAUACCUGAACCCUUUCCUUUGAAUUAAUCGUUGAAAUAUUUUACUCAACUAUUUAAAUAUUCUUCCAGAUCUGUGUCGUGUUCUUUUAUUCACUCCCUGUAUUUCCCUUCUGUUUUAAAAACCUGUGGGUCUAUUUUUCUCCCGGUGUUGUAUUUUUGGUUUUUCAUAAUUUGUCUUUUUUUGUCCAACAUAUCAUAAAGUACUCCCAAUAUUAAGACCUAAAUCCAGAAAAGGUUGUUAUGAACUUCCAGGCUACGCCGUUGAAAUCGCAACUUGUUGUUUAAAAGAAAGUUUGACAUUUUUGUUGCAACUUUCCUUUUGAGAGAUUGAUUGAUUUCUUCUGUGUGCUGAAUAUUGGGAGCCAGAGCUGGGGGGUAAUCAGCCGGGCUCCACAGUGUUGGCCGCAAAGCCGAAUGGCAGCGCCGUUACAGAUAUACAUUUAUAUAUAUAUCUUAAUAUAUCAAAUAAAGAACUAUUAGCAAAAAGUAGGUCACCUGUCAACAUGACAUUUUUUCAUUCCAACAGGAAGUUUCGAGGGCAUUAUGUGUGAUAUUCUGAGAAUGAAUAAUGUGUUGUGCCCUGUAAAUAGUGAUUUUGGCCCUCAUCCUCAUAUAGGUAUAAUGUUGGUAGUUUACUUAGUUCUGCCGCCUUUUGACUGCUAGUAUUUUUGAAGUAGCACAAAAUAUAAAUCCGAUCUCAGAUUCUGGGGCUACUUAGUCAAACGACAGAAAUAGACACUUAAAUAGUUUUGCCUGAUGAUGGCGCUGAAAAGACAAAGUAAGGGGAUCACCAAAGACGCAUCAGAUGACAUGGCCGUCCCCUGAGCUGGGGGGGCUGAAGUUUGCUUGAAAGAAAUCCCCCUGAAAUUUCUAGCAACUAAUACUCGUAUACUCUGCACUGCAACACGUACACACUACAUGAAACCAGCAUCGAUUCCCCGAGGGGAAGAUUGAACCCGUGUGGUGCCUGUGGGGGGGUAGAAACAUAGAAUUGUAUAAAAUGUGUUUUGUAUGUUCUGAAGUAGCUCUUGUAACGUAACGACAAACCCUAUGGACUUGUGUGGGGGGAUCCAGUCUUAUUUUCUUCCUUUUUGACCCAGUCCCACUGAUUGUGGGUAUUUAACAGCGUGGAGAGGCCAACGGUCUGCUGCCAUCUAUCUGUCUGCCACUACAGCGCCACCAAAUCCUUUAAUAUUAACGCGUUGAUGUUUUAAAAAAAAAAGAUGCCAAUGUAAAGCUGUUAGACUUAAGCUCUGUUGGAUUUUGUCUCUGUUUUGUAAGACUGGGAAAAUGCAAUCAUAAAACUACUUAUUGUUUUUGGACAUAACACAAUGUUCAUUGUCUGA